UGCCAUUGCUUUAUUGCUGAUGUUGCUGGGGAUACCGGAAGUUGAAGGAAACAAUGCAGUUCAAAGAAACAGUAACUGGAACCUGUUCAGAGAUGAUUACCUGUCAGCGAUUCAGACUUGCUUCACACUAGGAUUUGUCAAAGAGCAAAGGCCAGACACAUUGAAAGCGAAAGAAACAGUUGCAUUCGAAGCCAGCCUUAGUUCUUCACUGAGGAACAUGAAAAGUGGCCAGAGAGUAGUUUUCUCCACUUUGGGUGAAAACAAUGGCAACGGAUAUGACGCAAGCUCUGGUGUCUUCACUGCUCCCGGAAGUGGUGUAUAUAUUUUCGUUUGGAGUAUAGUGUCAACAGAAACACGUUUUUCAUCUACGGCUUUAAUUGUUAAUGGAAAGCAAAGGGCUGUUAACCAGUGUAAUUCCAAGAAGGCAAAUAAUGACUCCUGUACACGUACGACUGUCGUAAAACUGGCGGUCGGCGAAAAAGUCUGGAUCGAAUGUGUCCAAGACGGCUCUGCUAUUGAUGAUUAUAAAAGCUCAUCUUUUGCCGGAUUUAGGCUUUAAUGUUUUAAAGAAGUAUCCAGAUGUUUUGUAUAAUCA